GGUAUAAAAGGGAGAAAAUAAAAACAAGUCAUGGCUGAAAACAUUGCGGAAGGUGAAAAAGAGAAGGCAUUUGAUCAUAUAUUCAACACUAAUUUGAAUCAUCGAUCGUGGGAUGGAGAAAAUGUAAGAGAUACAUGUUUGAUUUAUAUUGUUGACAAGGGAGAGCCUAAGAUACUAUCGAAUGAAGAAGGCAAGCAUGCUGAGAUAAACCUUAAAGAAGAACUCCUUAAAGAUGACAUGGAUAUGGCGGUACAACGUAAUAUACAAGUGUAUAUUAACAACUCGCCAUGUAGAGCUUGCGCCGAUGAAUUGAUCGUUUUUCUUGAUAUGGAGAAGAAUAGUAAAGUACACAUGGAAAUCUAUGCAGCAAGUCUGUAUAACAUAAAACGGAAGUCCUGCAUCGACAAUGGUGAACCACAUGUCAACUCCAUGGAUGAAAAGGAAAGCGAAAAGGAAAGCGACAGUAACGCUGAAGGUUUGAGGAAGUUAAUGGAACAUCCUAAUUGCGAAAUGCGGGUUUUCAAAGAAAAAGCAUGGGAUGACUUAAUGCAUAUUCUUGAAAUCCAUCAGGAAGAUUUUAAUGAAAGAUAUGAGACGACGUCAGAGGGAAACGAUCGAAGUAGACGGAAUGAAGAUGAAAGGCUUAAAGAGGAUCUGAAAGACAUCUCUCAAAAGAAGAUAAUUUCAUGGCACGAGUACUUUAUGGGUGUUGCGUUUUUGUCUGCAAAAAGAAGCAAGGAUCCAAAUCGACAGGUCGGAGCAUGCAUUAUAAAUGACGAAAGAAGAAUUGUUGCAACAGGAUAUAACGGCUUCGUCGAACUCGAUUCUGGCAGUGACAACGAUGCUUACUUUCCAUGGACAAAACCUGAUAAACAUAGAUAUGUUUGUCAUGCAGAAAUGAAUGCAGUUGUGAACAGACAUGGUACCAGUUUGAAGGGUUGCACGGUAUAUGUAACACUGUUCCCCUGCAAUGAAUGCACAAAGCUCCUGAUACAGUCGGGGAUCAAGGAAGUGAUAUACUACGCUGAUGAUAAAGCUGCAAAAGAGGAAUUCAAGGCCUCUUGGGAGAUGUUGGAACUGAAAGGUGUUAAGUUGAGAGAAUACAAAGAUUUGGAUGGAAAAUACCAAGGCAGACGAAUCAAUCUAAAAUUCGAUGACUUUGCGAAAUAAUGUCAAUCUUCAAAUACCGAUGAAAGCCAUAUGAACUCAUGUGAAAUGAUUUUUUUUUUGGAUAUUUUAUUCUAAUAUGAUUAUCAUUUUACAAAAUUGACAAUCGUAUAUUAUUAUUUUUGUUUGUUUUAAAUUGUGUCCACUAAUAUGAUAGGAUGUAAAAUAUUUACCCGCUUUGUACAAUACAUUUGCUUUAUGCAUUCUUAUUCAAAUUUGGAACUUAAAAUUCAAUUAAUCAAAUGCUUUCUCUGGAUGAAAAGAACAGUUAAUUAUCAAAUACAUACAAGGAUUUCCAUAUAAUUCUACAACAAUUUCAGAUAUAUCAGUUGAAUACAAACCAUGUAUUAUACCAAUUUUGACUUUUGAUUAGAAUGCUUCUUUGAAUUAUCAUACCCCGAGAAGUGAUAUUCGCCAAUCUCAACAGCUGAGGUAAAUAUUACUUCCUUUGGGUGGAUAACCAAAGUUUAGUAAUCGUUUCAUAAGAGUGUUGUCUGAUUUCGUCAGCUCAUGAAGUAGUAUCACAUUAAUUUCAAGUCACGUUAUACAUGUACAAAUACCAUAGUUGUGUAGUUUGUGUUUUCUUUACUUCAAUUCUUACACGGCAUCCUUCAACUCAUCAUACAUUAUUACAUUUCAAUUUUCAAUAUGCUUUCCUCUUGCUUCAUUCUUACAGCUUUGAUUAUAAUAUAUUUGUAUAUUUAACAUCCUUAAUUCCAUUUCACCUUUUUGCGUUUCUGAUUUGUUAAAUUUUAGAUUCUAACGUAGAUUUUACAGACAUUGUUAAUAAUAUCGAAAUUCAGUCUAUCGUAAUAUACUAUGCUUCAUUG